AUGAACAAUAAUAAUAUAAAUAGUAGCAAUGUAUUAAUUUCCAAGGUUUCUGUUGAUACUGGCCUUAGUACCGCUUGGUUGCUAGCUACUUUAGGAUCAAAAACAACAUAUAGGAGACUAGUGAGGAAAGAUAUACUAAGUAUUUCAAUCCCUCAGACAUGCGAUAUAAUUGGCAAUCCACAAUCAGCAAUCCCUUUGAGGUUGUCCUCUAACCUAUUAUAUGGGGUAUCUUUAAUGUAUAAACAAAAGAUAGAUUAUUUUUUAAGUGAUGUAUCACUUAUCAAAACCAAACUCCAAAAGGAGAUUUUUUUGAACACAUUGACUAAUAAACAGAACUUCACCGUUAUUAAUAUAAAUCACCUGCAGUAUGAUAAUUUCAAAGCAAGAGAUCAAAAUCAGAUAUUUCUCAAAGAAGAUCCAUUCUUCGAUGUUAGCAGAGACUUGUUUAAUCCAUUUACGUUGUCAGAAGAACAAGAUGAACGUAGGCAACGUAUUCAACAACUCGACCAACAGCUUUACCAUGAUAUGAAUCUUUCUUUAUUUACUUCGGUUGGACAAAUCACAGUAGUACCAGAUGUACAUACUAAGACGAUCGAAAAUUUUAUGGAUCAAGAAUUACACACGUUAGACGAAUUAAGCGAGAGUCUCAAAUCUGAUGCUGCACUAGAUUUUGAAUUUGGCGAUGAUGGAAAAAUAGUUAAUAUAAAUCUUGGAAGCAAAGAACAUGAAAACGAAGAUUUAAGUAUAAUUGACUUCGAUCAAGUAAUUGAGAGAAGUGAAGACUCACUAGAUAGUAUAACUGAAGGAGCAUACGAAAAAACUAUAACAAACGAUAAAACUUUCCAUAUGUCGCAUGAUACUCAUACUAAUCAAACAACAAUUUUAGAUACAAACAAGUCAAUAAAGCGGAAACGAAAUUACAGAAAGAUUAUAAUUGAUGAGAGUAUGAAGAUUUCUUCCAGUGAAUUAAAAAAUUUUAGAGACAGUUAUGACAACAUCAUGAAUAUUCACAAUAAAAGAAUAAAAAUUGCAAAUUUUGCGAAACAAAGAAUUUCAUCAGUAAAUGAAUUACUCUACGAAGAAAACAAUGAAGAACCUUUUGCAACUAAAUACACUUGCAAAUGUAUUUUUGGUCCUGAGAUAACCGAUGACAUUAAAUUAAAUUCAAGAACACCAGUCAGAUUCAAUUCUAAGCAAUUGAGUGAAGACCUUGAAUUCGGUAGAAAUAUUGAACCCAGAAUUAAUGAUGAAGAAAUGGAUAAAUUUAACUUCGAAAUCGAACAAGACAUAAACCUAGAAUUCAAUGACCUGCAGGAUAUAUUCGAUUUAUCCUUCCCGGAAAUCAACAACAGUGAACUUAGGAGCAGAAGUAGAAGCAAAUCAGGAAGUAAAAGGUCCGGCUCCAAGUCGACCAGAUCAUCCAGUGUACCAAAUGACCAGGAAUUUCUAGAAGAGAGUCUUGAUUAUACCCCGGGCGCUCCUCACUUAUUAACUCAACGUAUUGGUUCACAAACUAAGAUAACGGCUACGUUGGUUAAGUUCUUAAAUUUUUUGCAAUCAAGAAGCAUUUUAUUAGGUGAGCACGUUAAAGCCGACUGUAAGUUGAGCAGAAACUACUUUCAGUACAUCAACAAAGAAACUUCCAAUUCAAACGAGAUUGUGUACUCCAAAAUCAAAUUCUCGAAUCUAAUACCGCUGGUUAAGAGUAAGUUACGAAAUGGAACCGAAAUUCCUGUAAAUCGAAAUUUGGCCGCGAACUCGUUUUCGAGUAUACUAGAAUUAGCCACAAGAAACUAUAUUAUGCUUGAGGUCGAGAACAAUAGAAACUUGCAGACCGGAGAUGAAAUUGAAAUUCUUAUUGAAAUUUAG